AUGUUGGCUAAUGGUUAUGGUGUUUGGCCAACUGCGAAUGGAUAUUAUUUGGGAAAUGAUCCUGGAAAAUUAUUAACAACAACUGAUGGAUCAUUACAAGCAACUCAACCCCCUCCUCAACAAUAUUUAGGUGCUGCAAGUACAAGCAACAACUAUACAGGAGGAGACAAUGUUCAAUCAACUGCAACAACUUUCUAUGGUGCGGCUCCUCCAUUGCAGCCCCCUUCCUCGAUUGACCCAACUUCAGUUUUUCAUACGGGCAUUUCAACACUUCCCCCGCCGCCUUCUCUAUUGGCCUCCGCUGAUCAACUUUAUGGCCUCCAAAACGGCCCAAAUGGAGUAUUUGGCAACUUAACUUCCUUCGACCCCCUGCCUCCUCCCUCCAACAACCUUUUAUCUGUUUCAAAUACAAAUACAGAAACAUCCAACACCCCAGCAACACUCUUAAAUUUGGAACAAUGUUCGUCUUCUAACGGAAAUCAAUUUACUAUUAGACAACCAGAACAACAACAACAAUUACUUUUUGUUGGUACUCCAAAUGGUCAGAUAAUUGAAGAAAAAUUAAACACGAAUUCUGUUCUAACUUCAACAACAAUUCCAACAACUCUUUCUCUAAUUUCUUCACCUCCCACUGGCGGCACAAUUUCUUCAAAGCCAUCUACUAUGGGGAAAAAGCACAAAACAAAGAAAAAUCUUCAAAAUUCUAAUAUUUUAUUAUCUCGUCCAAGUACUUCUUUGGGGGGAGGAGGAGGAGGGGGGAUGUUAUCUUCAACAACACCUUUUCAUUCAAAAUUUGGAAGUGAAAGCCCUUUUAAAGAAAAAUUAAAACAGAGAGAUACUUCUUCCUCAAAUGGGCGAAAGUCUCGUUCACGUAGUUUAUUAAAAGAUUCAGAUGAUGAUAAAUCAGCAGAGGAAAGAGAAGUAGAACGUCGAAAUGCUAAUAAUACAAGGGAAAGAAUUCGAGUAAGAGAUAUAAAUGCGGCAUUUAAGGAAUUAGCAAGGCUUUGUUGUAGUCACAUGCCAAACUUGGAAGAAAGAAAUUUAACUAAACUUAACACGGUAAAAAAUUAUUUUUAUAAAAUUAAUCACGGUAAAUUUACCAUUGAUCACUUAUUAUCCUCUCCCCUUAAACCUCAUUUCAACGAUUUUUUGGGUUCUAUAAUAUUCUGGACAUUGUUGAAAGCUGUUGAGCUUAUUCCAAUGUUGGAGAAAAUGGUUGAUGAAAAAACCAGAAUGAUGGAUCCUCGUGGAGAUUGUGUUAAACGAAGAAUGGAAACAACAGCAACAAUUCCUGAUUCAACUUCCUCCUCCUCCCUUCUAUUAAAUCCUUCCUCUAAUGGAAUUUUGAAUUCUAAUUUGUUUAAUACUUGUGGAGCUUCAUCUGAUUUAUCAUCCUUAGCUUCUUCCUCUAAUAUUUUAAAUCAACAACAUUUUUUAAAUUGA